CUAAAUUCUGAAGAAGACCCAGCCGUGUCGAUAUUGGGCUGCGAUACUGUUUUCAAUUCACUCAGUUCUUCGAGAGAUCACAUUUCGCAAUUUUUGCCCUUCAAUAUUUUCGCAGCGUUGCGAGUCGAGUUUCUUUUAUUUUAAUCGUGCGACGUUGCAUAGUAGAUCUUUUGCUUAGUCACGCUUAGUCAACUGUUUCGGCCGCAGUUUAAAGACCAACACGCAAAAAGGCGUUACCACUUCAAGAUCGACGUUACAUUGGACUGUGCACAGUACAACCGCCUAGUUAUACAGCUAUUGAAUAAAAUGUCUACAUCUAAUAUGAAGCGUUUGUCUACUGGGUCUAAUAUACCAAUGCUUGGACUAGGGACGUGGAAAUCCCAACCAGGUGAAGUUAAAGCCGCCGUUGAGACUGCUAUUGAUGAGGGAUAUAGGCAUAUUGACUGCGCAUUACUGUAUGAUAACGAAAACGAAGUGGGGGAGGCAAUUGAAAUCAAAAUCAAAGAAGGAAAGGUUAAAAGGGAAGACCUUUUCAUCACUACCAAACUCUGGUCAACUUAUUACAGAAAAGUACGUGAAGGUUUUGAUAAAAGUCUACGUCGUUUGAAACUAGAGUAUGUUGAUUUGUACAUGUUACACUGGCCGUUCGCUCUGCAGUUCACGACAGAAAAAGAUUUUUUUCCUGUUGAUGAUCAGGGUAAUGCUAAGUUAGAUGAAGACAUUGACUACAUCGAGGUAUACAGAGAAAUCGAAAAAUUGCAAAAAAAAGGACUAACGAAGGCUAUUGGUUUGAGCAGUUUCAAUGAAUAUCAGAUCGAUCGAAUUUUCAAAGAAGUCGAUAUCAAGCCGGCCGUUCAUCAGUUUGAAAUACAUCCUUAUCUUGACCAGGAAAGCCUUGUAAAACACAGCCAAUCUAAAGGAAUGGUUGUUACAGGCUAUAGUACAUUCGGUUCUCCAGAUCGACCAUGGGCACAGCCAGGAGAUCCUACGUUGCUGGACAACCCAGAGCUUCAAAAUAUAGCAGAUAAAUACGGCAAAACUGUUGCGCAGGUUCUACUAAGAUACCAGUUACAACGCGAUAUUGUCGUCAUACCUAAAAGUGUAACAGCCAGUCGAAUCAAAAGCAACGCAGCUGUGUUUGAUUUCAAUCUGGAGAAGGAAGAUAUGACCAGAAUAAAAAAAUUCAACCGUAACUGGCGUGCAGUAUCCGUACCUGCCUUUACUCCCCACAAAUAUUACCCUUUCAAAGAAAAGUAUACAGAAUAAACUUUCAGUUGUUUUCAUUGGGUAUAUAUUCGUUGCGCUGUAGUCAGUAUUCACCAUUAGUGAAUAGUAGUUUGAUUUCUAUUAUUAUUACAUUAUGAGUGUAUUAUUUUGGCUGAAGUAGGUUAACAGUUAUCCUUAGGUAUUAAUUCAAUAACUGUUAACCUAUUUUGGCCCACUCCGUAUAAUUAUAUAUAUAUAUAUAUAUAUAUACACAAUGUCGCUCUUGUAACGAUUGCACGGAACAAUACAUCAAACCAUUAAUUAAAGACUGUUAUUCAGUAGAGCGUCUACCAUCAUCUAUGAAUGUUAGGGUGCAACCAAUGUGUGUAAUUCAAUCUACCUGAGUGAGAUUCUGGUAUUUCAAACGCACUAAAUCAAACUUGGUCAAUAGUUUUCGAAAACAAUAACGCAAUGUUUAAAUACGUGAGCA